UGUCACUGACCAAGUAUAGAAUAGAUUUUAUUAUUGAUAGUCACUGGGUAUGUAUCUCUAAACUUAUCGUUAGUCUUCCAAUGAAUCUAUUCUCUUGUAACGAGAACUGUAGACCAAUGGGGUUAUAGAUCUGAUCGAAAAUAAACAAAGCAUUCGUAUACACAAGUAAAAAAUCUUAUAUGUUCGUUAUACAUAUAAAAUUGGAUGGAUUAACAAAUAAAAUUUCAUUAUUUAUACUGUAAACAAUUCAUUAUCUGCAAAAAAUGUCAUUAACUUUCCAACAAAUUAUAUUGGAUGCUGAAAAGUUAGUGACUAGAAUCUCAGAUCAUGAAAAUACAGCGGAUGAUUUAAUAAUUGAAAUAGAAUCUGUUUGCGGUCAAAUUGAUAAUAUGAAGGAGUAUAAAGAAGAAGUAGAAAUCUUGAAUGCUGAAGCUAAACAAAAACCACAUUUGCAAUUGAUUUCUGGAAUACAAAUAGAGAAUAAACAUUUUCAAGAAAUACAGGCAGAAAAUAAGGAAUUAAAGAAUGUAUUAGAAGAUUAUCAACAUACUCUUGAAUUAAUAAUGUCCAAAUAUAGGCAACAAACAGCCUGUUUACUACGUUUGUGCAAAACAGAUAUUCCUUCAACGCAUAAUGCAAAAUAUGCCAAUAUAAUUACAAGUCAAGCAGAGAAAAUUAAUGAAAUGGCAGCAAUUAUGAAAACUGCUGUUUCCUUAGAUGAGGAAAACGAAUUAAAAGAAAAAGAGAUGUAUUAUAGUUUAAAGGAAGAAAAUGCUACGUUACGAGAAAUUGUUAAUAUUGCAAAUAAAUAUGGCUCGUUGAGUAAAGAUACCGAAGUAGAAAAUAAAACUGUUCAAACAGAUCCAGUAGUAUUAUAAAAGAAGUCUGUAAUUUAUAUUUUCUUUAUAUAAAUCUUGUAUUAUUUAUUUUAUAUUUUAUAAUGUAAUUAAUGUUAGAAGGAAUGUAUUACUUAUAUGUAAUAAAGUGCACAUACAAUACAUAUCCGAUGUCUGUAUAUUCGUUUACAGCUUGUUGCUUUUCAGAAUUAAAAUGGCUUUUCUCUAUGUAGCAAAAUAACGUCGAAGAAUUCGAAUAUUCCCACAGUCGCGCAUGCGCUUAAAAUGUUUAGUAAUAAAAUGGUUUCCUAGGGAAAAGAAAACAUAAUUUUCACUUGUAUGUAUGUUGUUUUUAGUGCCUUAAUAAAAUACAUACAAUAUAAAAGUUUAAAAAA